AUGAAAUAGCUUUAAAAAGCAGAAAAUAAAACUCAAUUUAUUUAUUACAAAGAAUUGCAAAUUUCUUCAGAAUAAUAUUAAAUGAAUAGAGUUGCUAUGAUUGAAAGCAAUUCUGAAAAAGUACUAGAUAUAGUACAUAAGGUUUUUAAUAUUGGAUGA